AUGCGCAGUGGGUUCCUGUCCACGGCUAGACGCUAUGGGAUACCAAUAAUCCGUCUGGAGAGACCGUCCGACCUGGUGCCUCUGGCUCUGGACCGUGCAGAGCCAGGUUCCCAGCCGCCUUCCUGUUGCUUUGCCAUUCGGAAGAGGCCGAACGUUUACUGUUUAACCAAGAUGGCGAAUGCUCAGAGUGGGCCCCUGAAGCUGCUAGUGUCUCAAGGUGUCCUGGGACGGUGCCCAGCCCCAGGGGUGGGCGAGCCGCAGUGGGGCUCCCAGAGGAGGCUGUGGGUCCCUCCUGGCCCUGACUGGCCUCUGCUCCCCUCAGGGAUCGCGGUGGAUAAGGACGGGGCGACGCUGCCCCUGGAGGAGGAGGCAGAUGAGGUGGGCUUGGCGUACCGGGCCCCGGAGAACAUUGAGAGCUUGAACAAGUACAAGAGGGCGCUGCUGGGGCCCGACCCUGUGGCUGUGGAUCCCAGUGCGUCCAGUGUCACCUUGACGAGACUGACGCUGCUGUGUGACCAGGCCCCAGGGCCCGUCGCCAUGGACUUAACAGGUGAGCGGGGCCAGCCCAGCUGGCUGCUCCAGAGCGCCCCCCCUCCCCCACCACGCAUGCUGACGCUCCCCUCUCUCUGCCCAGUGGAUAAGGACGUCUACAUGAUGGGCAGCUAUGGGCCGCGCGCCGAGGAGUACGAGUUCCUGACCCCCCCGGAGGAGGCCCCCAAGGGCGUGCUGGUGCGGGGCACCUACCACAUCAGAUCCUGCCUCACCGAUGACGACCGGACGGAGCAUCUCUCCUGGGAGUGGCACCUCUGCAUAGCGAAGGACUGGAAAGAUUGAAGCCCCCCAUGUCCCCCCCAAUCC